ACCACCGCCACAGCGUGUGUAGUUUUUUUGACAAAUGGCGUAUCAUAAGUGUGUGUGAUAAAUAAUAUUUUAUUUAUUGUGAAAUAGUUUAGUUUAAUGAAUAAAUAGAAAUGUCAUGCGAAGUUAAAAGCUUUGCAUGCAUUGCAAAUCCUAAUGAUAUAAGAUUAAAAUUAAUAAAAAAUUUGGCAGUAAAAAUUGAAAAUCUACCGAAGCAUGAAUUACCUUUACAAGACUGUCUUAUUUCAUUAUCAUCAGCUGGAGACACUUUAGCAAUAGCUUUGCAUAAAAAUAUUGUUAUUUUAACAAGUAAAUGGGAUCUCCAAGAACCUGGUGAAGUCAAGAACAAAUUCUAUUCGAUAUGGAGCGAAAAUUUCUUUCCAGACUCCAACGAAUUCAUCACUUCAAUUCUGUGCUUGCCUUUAAUAUCUUUAGGAAAAUCUAGCUCAAUAAAUAACCCAGAUUGGACCUGUAUCGCUGUGGGUUUUAGCUCAGGAUUACUUCGUUUCUAUACUGAGACUGGAUCUUUAUUACUUGAAGAACAAUUACACAAUGAAAGUAUUUUGGGAAUUAAAUUUCAAUCAUUUUCUUCGCCAAAACACGUCGGAGAUACAGGAUUAGCAGAAGAGUUUUAUGUUAUCUAUGAGAAAUGUCUUUGCAUUUUCCCUGGAUUUCCUUUAUUUUCAACUCUACGAGCCUAUCGCAAUCAUUUAGCUCGAGUCCAAGCCAACUGUAAUGAUCAUCCACCAACAUCAACUCUAACUUUCAAAAAGCUAGGCUUCAAAGACCAGGAUGUCUUAAAUGAUGCCGAAGUGAUUGGCUCCACAUCAGUAAAUACUUUUGAUCAUCUUUUAACAGCUUCUAUAUGUGGAGGAUUUAGUGCUGCUUAUCGAUCUAGUGCUCCAGCACAUAAUUUAGUCAUGGCAACUGGUAAAAGACCAUACAUUGGUUUCCAUUUUGCUUUGGAAGGAGGCACAGCACCUGUUUUUUCAGAUGUAGCAAUAGCAAUGGCUAGUUCAUUAGCUAGUGCUAUUGGAAAAAUUGGUACAGCUGUGCCUUGGUUCCGUAAUACGAAGUCAGAAAAGCCAAAAGGUCCUGUUCAUGAGGUUCCUGAACCUAUGACCUGUAGAUUUGGGCUCAGCGAUAUUAUGCGGGAAGGGGAUUCUUUGAUCAUUAGUCCAAAUAAAACAUUGUCUGUCAUCACAGAUACUCUUGGGAGAGUUAUUUUAGUCAACAAUCGUAAAGGAUUGGCUGUGAGGAUGUGGAAAGGCUACCGUGAUGCUCAGUGUGGUUGGAUUGAAGUCUCUGAGGAGCAACAUAAAUCGCAAUCCAACUUCAAAAGCUUUAGAACACUGAGAUCAGCUUUGUUUCUGGUGAUCUAUGCACCUAAAAAGGGUGUCAUUGAUAUAUGGGGUAUCCAAACUGGCGGUAAAAUUACCACUUUCUCUGCUAGUAAAACUGGAAAAUUACUCUACGUAAGUCAUGGAUUGGGUGGAUUAAAUGACGUAACACCUUCAUUUCCAAUUAAAGCACAGCAUUCGUGUGUAUUUUUUGAUCCUCUAGGUGGACUAAAAGAAAUUCUGGUUCCUUUUCAUUUCUCUUUAAGCAGUGAAAAUGGUAAAAGAGCUCGAGAUGUUCAUUUAUUUAAAAAACUUAAAACAUUUAUUAGAGAAGAAGAAUUUGAUGAUGAAAAAUUAAUCAAAGAAGUGGAAAAUGUCUGCUCUGAGUUAAAAACUAAUGAAAUAAAAUUACAAAUUUUAGAGAUGUUGAGAAGUAGUAAACAUUCUUUUCCUGAUGUGAUUAUCAAAGCUACGGGAAUAUUUCUUAAGAAUUUAAAGCUUUUGGAUGACUCUGAGAUGAAUCCAACAGGAAAGUUAUUGAUGCAGAUUUCAGACCAGGUCAGAAAAGCUGUUAAAUUUUAUCAACAUCUUAAACCACGAUUUGAUCAACCUCCAGAGUAUAUCACAAUAGCAGAGGAUUCUAUUCCUGAUGUCAAGCAGCUUUCAGAUAUUCUCUUAACGUCAGAACGUGAAAUAGAACGUAUUGUAAAGCUUUUUGAUCAUUCUAAUCAAUCGAAAAAAAUUAAACAAGCCAAAGUGACAUUCAAAAGUGACCGGGGAUUAUUUUUAGACUUCAUUUCAUGUUUGGAGUUUGGAACUGCUGAGAAAAUGAGUUUAAAAAAGAAUUUGGAUGACAGUAAAAAAUACACAAUAGCUUCAUUGAUCUUUCAAGGGUGGAUGUAUUCCAAAGAAGAUAUUGAAGUUUGGGAAGACGCAGCAAAACAAAGUGGUAUCAGAGCUAAGACAUUCCUGGAACUGGCAUUGACUUUCUGGCUCAACAAACUAUCUGAGGUGCCUAUUGAAGUAGAAUUAAUUCGAUUUACUCACCUGUUGCAUUCAAUAUGUGCACUAGCAGACGUUGAUGAAAUUUGUGUUGACUACAGUCAAGUUUCUUCAUGGUGGAAUGACGCAAGAAUUAUUCUAAUGAAUUCCAAUGUUCCUCUUCAAGCGUGUACUGCUGCACUGGCAUGUAGGAGUGUUGCGGUGACGUUACAAAAAAUGAAAGAUCUUAAAGACCAAAAAUUAAUUCAAUCCGAUGAAUUUUCUGAACAGGAUAAUAAUGGGAAUUCACUGAAAAAGCGUGUUGAAGUUGAUAAUAAACCUAAAGCUAAUGAAUCUCAAGGAUCUCCAACUGGAGAAUGGGAAAGUGUUAGUAAAGAUGUUUGUCAAUUUUCAUUAAUCAUUGGAAACCUUGAAGACAUUGCUAAUUUAUAUUCUAUUAUUUCUGAACCACCUGCUCAUGAUGAUUCAAUGACAUUUUUAAAACUGCCGUCAGAGAAGAUAGAUAUCUCGUUAUCAGAUAUAAUUUCUAAAGGCAAAGGUGCUGUUUCUGAAAUAGUUGCUUGUUGGUUAGCAACUUCUGGAAUAGAUCCAAGUAAAUUAAUUGAUACUCGAGAUAGAGAGUUUGAUUCAAUGUCUAAACAAGUUCAAGAUGAAACUCAAGAUAGUGUUGAAAAAGCUCAAGACCAUCAAAAAGAAGAAUCUAAUUCUGAUCUAAAUGAUUGUGAUGCUACUAGUGAUGUUUUAGAUAAGAUAAAAAUAUUGAAAAAACAUUUCCCGUAUAGCUUGAGUUCUAGUGUUAUUUUAGCAAAUCUUGCAUGGGAAUACGUCAUGUUUUGGAGUAAAGAUAUCAGUAGUUUAGCAGUUUUAGAAGCUGCAUUAGUGAUUCUGAAACAAAUUCCUAUGAAAAUGAUGCGUCAAGGGGUUUGUUGUUUACUGUGGACUAUUCAUAUUAAUAAAAAAAUGGAAGCCGCUGCUAAGUUGAUCAAUAAAAUAGGAAAAUUGCCGAAAGAAAGACUCUGCUGUCAAGAGAUCGGACUGUCUGAUAUUCAAACAACUGAAUUUCUACGACAGUGUGUUUUAUUUCUAGAUAUUUUUCUCGAUGCUGAAGUGCUGGAAGAGGAUAUAAAUGUUAAGAUUAAAAGUGAAGAACUUUGGGAAGGUUUUCCUGCUGGGCCUCAAGCCUUUGCUGCUACAGCUGUUGAACAAACUCCUGCUGGAUUUGAUCUUGUUAUGCUUCAUCUUCAGUUGGCUUAUGUUCUUCACAUGAUGGCGCAUUUUAGUCUUAAAUCACCAAAACCUAUGACCAAUCUUUUUGAAUCAGUUACAAGUCGAUAUUUUUUCUCCGACAUUUCGAAUAAAGUAAUUAUUCCUUGGUAUCAUGAUGAUAAACAAGAUGAAAGAAGAUCAGAUUUUCUUUGUCGAGUAAUUACAGCAUCAAUGGAGUCAAUUCAUCAAGAGACUAUUGAAGGUAAUCUUAGUUGUCCGCAAACAGUUGAAUGGAUGGGUAAAUGUCAGACACUUUCAUCUAUUUGGAAAAUCAAUAAUGAUAAGCUAAGAAUUCAUCAAGUUUGUCAACUUUAUAUCAAUGGAUUUGAUCGACUUGCAGAAGAGGUCAUGACAGCUGUCAACGACACAGAAAUACUUGCAGAAAAUUUAUUAUCCAUUGCUGGAAGGAGAAUGAUGGUAUUUUUAUCAAAAACACCUGAUUUAUUAGAAGAAGUAUCGAGAAUUAGUCCUGCACUAACUCAAUACCUAGAAAAUUUGAAUACACGUAGUGUACUUAUAACAAACUGUUCAAAUGAAAAUAAUAUAGAAUUAAUAAAAAAGGUAUCAAGAGUUCUCCCAGAAACUCAUAGUGACUAUCACAUCGCUCAAUUGAUGUUAGAUGCAAUAUUUAUUUAUGAAGGUGCGUAAAAUGACUUAGGUGUGAGAUCGAGUGUGAUAUAUUGUUCAAUGAAUAUUAAUUUAAAAAAAAUUUAACGUCGUUAAAUGAAUAUUUUUAUUGAAUAAAAAAAAAUUAUUAAAAUGGAUUGUAAAUAAAAUAAUAUCAUUAAAAUAUAAUUAAAAUACUGUCUUUAAUAACUUAUUAAAUAGUUACAAAUAGUAUAUAUAUUUCGAUAUACAAUAAAUUAAAGCAUUAUU